AUGAGUAUGCGCUGGCUAUUGUCCGCGCUCGCUGCCGUCGCCGCCAUGGACCCGUCGGCUAACCCGAACUGCUACCUCGUGCCGAUUCUUGUGAUCUCGCCGCACACGCCUCUUCCGGCCAUGAACUGCGUGAACAAGCCUUUUCCGGCGGGUGACUGCAUGAAGGAGGUCGUGCGUGCGACAUUGACGACUGUGGACACGAUCAAGACCCACGGGACGGAGUGGAACUGCCUCGGCGACGCUGACCACGUCGAGUACGCGUCCAGCGUCCACUACCGCGGCGACUCGACGCUGCGUCUCAUCAAGCACCAAAUGGCCAUCAAGCUCGACACACCGAAGUCGUUCUUGGGCCUUCCCGCCGACACGCCGUGGUCGCUCCACGGCCCUUACUUCGACGCGAGCUUGCUUCGCAACCACGUCGCUCACCACAUCUUUCGGCAGACGGGGCCGCCCAAGGAAGCGCUCCAUGCCCCAUCUGUGGACCCGUGCUGGGUGACUGUUGGCAGUUAUGGUCGCAUGUGGUGGCUUACGCCAACCUGCAGCGGCUUUGGCUGGUGUGCGCAGGGCCCCGGUGCCAAGUGCCAGUGCACGGCCGGCCGCAAGACGUUCGACUGCUCGCCCAACCCACCGUCGCACUUGAUUGCGAUCACCGCGUCUUCGGAGGACUCAACCGCGAUGAGCAACCCGCUUGUGUGGGCUGGCGCCGCCGCCGCGCUUACUGCCGUUGCCGUCAUUAUCGUGAUCAAGCGCAAGCGAAACCCCGGUUACGAAACCUUGUAA